AUGUCUGAAACAAUUAAGAUCUAUCCAGUCUAUUUCAAUACCCGAGUGGCCCGUUCUGAUGGUAGAAAAGUUCCAUACAUUGAAAACGGAGUUGUUCCAACUUUGCAGCAGAUUGCUAAAGCACUCACCCAAUUAGAACUCAAGUAUACCACUGAAACUAAAACACAUCCCAAACAGAAUAUUACCCUUUCGGGUAAGUUUCUGCCUAAGGAUGCUAAAAUAGAAGAAAUUGAGAGACACCACCAAGCAGUUUGUGGCAGUUUACUAGUUGUAUGUCCCAAAUCAGCCGACUUACCUACCAAGCGCAGUAUUAUCAAGCAAGUCCAUGCAAUUCUCAACAAAUAG